UCAAAUAUUUUUUCAGAUCUAAGAUGGGACGUAAAAAGCCUGUGAAAAGUAAAGGAGAUGUUGGGGAAGAAAAUAUGGUUGCUUCAGGCUCAGGUUCAGAGGAAAAGAUUACUCUGCUUCCUGUUAAUACUAAACUAAUCUGGCAACUUCAGGAUAAAUCGGAUUGGUCCACCUACUCCACUGAGAUCUCAGAGGCAUUAAACUCAGCUGCAGUUCUCUGUAAACUACAGGUUGAUGCUGAAGCUGGUCCUAGAACCAAACUUGUACUCAACAUCAAAGAUAUGGUUCAGCAGGCUAAAUCUUCUAGUAAACCUAUCAGAUGUCUAGUAGAGGGGGAGGAGGGACUAGUAUCCUGGACUAUCAAGGAAACUGAAAAAUCUCUCCAACCUGGGAUUGCUGCUCGAUUAAACCAGGUUGUUGAUAUAAGCUCUGAAGUCAGCCUGGAUGGAUUUAAAUAUGAUUUAGUGAAUAUGAUUAGAGAGAAGGACGGAGUAAAAGAAAGCCUUCUAAGAGAGAAGGUUGUCCCUACUAAGUUCAAGAAAACAGGAAUCACCGGGAAAAUAUCUCUCUGCCCAACCCCUGCUGAAGAAGAAGAAGAAGAAGAAGAAGAAGUUUCCCCUCCUAAAAAGUCUAAAAAAGAAAAAUCUAAUAAAUCUAAAGUAAAGUCUGGAGAAGAAGCAAAAGAGAUGAAACCAGUUAUGAAGAGCUUUGUGAGGAAAGGGUUGGCCCCAGUGGACCCAGACUGCCCACACAAGGACAAUUAUCAUGUGUACACUGAGGGACGUGAAGUUUGGGAUACAAUGUUGAAUCAAACAAAUAUUCAGAAUAAUAACAAUAAAUAUUACCUUAUUCAGCUUCUUAAAGCAGACUCAGGAAACAGUUAUGCUGUGUGGAUGAGGUGGGGUAGGGUUGGAUACAAGGGGCAGAAUAGUUGGACAACUUCAGGUUCAGACCUAGAUGCUGCUAAAUCUGUAUUCACCAAGAAGUUCCAGGAUAAGACUAAGAACUUGUGGGAGGAUAGAUACAGCUUCGAGAAGUACCCGGGGAAGUACGACAUGGUGCUCAUGGACUACUCUGCAGGCGGACAGGAUAGUGUUGACUCCGCUGGUUCCUCUGGUGUUGGUCCCGUGGUGAAAUCCGACCCUGAGAGUAAACUUGGUACUCCAGUUCCUGACUCCACCCUGGAAAAGAGGGUUCAAGAUCUGAUCAGUUUGAUCUGUGAUAUCAAGACUAUGGAGCAGGCUGUGGUGGAGAUGGAGUAUGAUGCUGAGAAAGCUCCGCUAGGAAAGAUAACAACAGAACAGAUAAGAGCUGGAUAUCAAGCACUGAAGAAGAUAUCCGACUGUAUCACUGGAGGGAAAACAUCUGGAGGUGAAAUAACCCAGGCCUGCAAUGAUUUCUAUACAAGGAUACCUCAUGAGUUCGGGUUUAAGGUUCCUCCCAUUAUUCGAACCCAUGCUGAAGUUAAGAGAAAAAUAGAACUACUGGAGGCACUCUCAGAUAUUCAGGUUGCUUUAAAGAUGCUCUCUACAGAACAGGAUACAUCUAUAAAUCCAAUAGAUAGGAGAUAUAACCAAUUAAAGGUUGAUAUUAAAGCUCUGGAUGUUAAUGAGAAUGAAAGGAAAGCUGUUGAGAAAUCAAUAUUAAAUACUCAUGCUCCGACACACUCCAACUAUACCAUGGAGAUACUGGAUGUUUUCAAGAUAAACAAGGAGGAAGAGAAAUCAAAGUUUAUUGAUGUUGGUAACACUAAACUACUCUACCAUGGAAGCAGGCUCUCUAACUGGGCCGGUAUUCUUGGAACGGGACUGCGUAUAGCUCCGCCCGAGGCCCCUGUAACAGGAUAUAUGUUUGGAAAGGGAGUUUACUUCGCAGAUAUGUCCUCGAAAUCUGCUAACUAUUGUUUUACUAACAGAUCCCAGAAUAUUGGUCUUCUGCUUAUUUGUGAGGUGGCUCUUGGCAAACAGAAUACAUUACUGGAUGCUGAUUAUAACGCUGACAAGCUCCCUAAAGGGUACAACAGUGUACUUGGAGCUGGUAAGAUGGAACCUGGAGGUUGGGAGCAACUAGGAGGCGGUCUUCAACUUCCAGGAGGAAUACCUAGGAAAACUAAUGUGGACAAGAAGGAGAAGUUGACUCUGCAGUACAACGAGUACAUCGUGUACGAUACUAAGCAGAUCAAGAUGAAGUAUCUCGCCAAAAUCAAGUUUAAUCACAAAUAUUAAACCUCCGCUCAACCAUUGGUUGAAUCCAUCUAUUCAGUCAAUCAUAUCAAUAUACUCAUUAAACCUAUAUAAAUUAUGCAUUAAACCAUUGUGAUAAUUAUCAA